AUGCCACGCAGUGCCAAGCCGACAGCAGAUGAAAUACACUUAUGGGCUCAAUCCUUUGACAAGCUGCUGAAAACACCAGCAGGGAGAAACAGCUUCAGAGAAUUCUUAAGAACUGAAUAUAGUGAAGAAAACAUGCUCUUUUGGCUAGCGUGCGAGGAUUUCAAAACCGAAGCAAAUAUAAGUGCUAUUGAGGACAAAGCACGAACUAUCUAUGAAGACUUUAUUUCAAUACUUUCUCCGAAAGAGGUCAGCCUCGAUUCACGAGUGCGUGAAGUCAUCAACAAAAAGAUGGAGGAACCGUCAAACCAGGUAUUCGACGACGCACAGCUACAGAUUUAUACCUUGAUGCACAGGGACUCGUACCCACGGUUCCUGAACUCUUCCAUUUACAAUUCUCUGCUCCAGAUGUCGACCAGCACAGCUUCAGAAUCCUAAAUAUUUCAACUGUACACGACAGAAAAAAAGCUCAUUUAAAAAAAAGUAAAACAGGUACAAGGUCAACACCAAGAGAAGAAGAAGAAAAAAAAUUAAACUCAGGUUUAUUUUACUACUGAUUUCCUGUUGCCUGAAAAUGCCAGAAGCACUAAAAGACUGCAAGACUCUUGUGAUGGCUUAAAUAAUACUGAUUUUGGUCUUUCUUUUUUUUUUUUUUGCAAACAUUCGGAAAUAAACCUAGUGGAAUGGGUUAGUUUUGCAUUAAUCUUAGAGUCAGAUACAAUCUCUCCCAGCAUAAUAUCUGAAAUAUUGUAUCAUCAGAUUAAUUUCAGAAUGGCUUUACGUGAAAAAGGAAACUGAUAUUGAUGAGAGGGAUGUGUUCUUAGCCUUUAUAUUAGAACGUGACCAUGAAAAACACAAUUACACAAGAGAAUAUUUAAAACAGUCCGGAGCGCAUACCUACCUUUGUGAAACAUCAUUGUUGCUGCUAAUGGUUUUAUUGGUUGUUGGUCUUUAAGGAUUGUCCCUUCCUAAUGGUCAUGAGCCAUUGCUUAAUCUUGUUUUCAAUCCACAACCAUUUAAUACAAGAUUUCCUUUGGUUUGAUAAUCACAAAAGAACCUCUUAAGGAUGUGAAAAAUGAGAUGAUGGAGGGGUAGGUGUGAUUUCUUGCCGAAAAGGAACAUUCUUUGCCACAGAAGGCUGUGGAGGCCAAGUCAGUGGAUAUUUGCAAGGUGGAGAUUGAAAGAUUCUUGCAACGGGUACGGGUGUCAGGGGAGAAGGCAGGAGAAUGGGGCUGAGAGGGAAAGAUAGAUCAGCCAUGAUUGAAUGGCUUUGAAGACUUGAUGGGCCGAAUGGUCUGAUUCUGCUUCUAUACCUUAUGAACCUGUUGACGUGCAUGUCACCAAAUGGACUCAAGAGCAAGUGCACAAGAAUUGUUAAGUUUCACACUUGUGAUUGUCAGCAUAGUUGACAAUUUUUUUGCGGGGCAUUUCCCAAUUAGGCUGCAUCGGCAACUUUAAAGAAGAGACUAUUGGUAAGGGCCUGUCCCACUUACACGACCUUUACAGGCGACUGCCGGCACCCGUGAUAGGUCGCCGAAAUUUUCAACAUGUCGAAAAUUCAGCGGCAAACAGAAAGA